CAUUUCCCAUGGCAUGGGCUUUAUUUGACCCAAAUGGGUCUUCUUCUCGAGAACAGGCAGUGAGGAAAUACAGCCAAGGACAACCGCUGCGAGUGAACGCUUCGCGGUCGUACGCCAAAGUCCCCAGCAUCAACACCCAGGAACAACCCGCACAGGCUGCAUCGACCAACGCAGGCACCAGUGGCGCCAUUGUGGAGGAAACGGCGCUCAACACAAACACAGAUGUUAUUGCCGCGAUCCUGGAGCAAAUGCGUCAGGACCGAGAGAGAGCUGAGGCCCAGUUCAAGACCAUGAUGCACUCAGCGACAACAGGACGAUCGUCUAAGGAACGAACAACUGCUCCCGCUAUGACAUCAAAGACAACGGCACUAACUCAAAAGACAAAUGACCAGGACUCGACUCAGCUGACUCUCCAGCAGCUAUUGGACAAGGCCAAGCAACCUGGAGCCUUUCCAACACCACACAGUAACAUGAGUUUGCUUCUUGCUGCGUGGCAACUUGUAACGUCGAAUUCCGGACCACCUCACCAUCCGCUACCACCUACACCCGCUAAGAAAAUGCAACCGGCCGAUUACUCAGGAAUUAACAAUGAAUAAUACGCCCAAUGUGCACUCUCUUCAGAAUUAUUAUCCUUCGGGCCAGAACCAUAUAUGUGUUAUCUUCUUUUAUUGCGAAAAUCCAGAA